AUGGCCCAACCUAACCCUAGCGCCGCCAUACGCAUCGGAGUGAUCGGCGCCGGCGUCAGCGGCCUACGCGCCGCUUCCUCCUCGCCUCCGCCGGAUUCGCAGCUUGGUCUACCCAUCGACCUAGGUGCUAGCUGGAUCCACGGGACUCGAGGAAACCCCUUGGUCCAGCUCGUGGAAGAAGCGAAAGCGACGACCGUCGCCUGCGGGGCUCUCACGUCGAUAUGCGACCAGGAUGGGAACUGGCUUGACCCGGCUUCGGCGCGGCGGUACUAUGAGGAAGUGUGGGAGAUUCUGGAAAAGGCGAUGGAGUGGAGCAGGAAGAACUGCGAGACUAUUUCCUCCGAGGCGCGGAUGAUGGACUUCUUCAUGGAGGAGGUUCGGAAACGGGCAGAGAGUAGGGGUGUAGAGGAGUACGAGAACCUGUGGCUGGAUGCCGGGCUUGAAGGUGAUAAUCUGUUCGUGGCCUCCACUUUCAGGCCCAUCUUAGACAAUCUCCUAUCCACUGUGUCUGAUAGUGUUACCUUGCUACUCAACUCAGAAGUUGUGCGAUUUGAGAGUGAUGGGCUCGGCAAGGUCGAGGUCCAACUUCUCAAUGGAGAUAGGGUCUCUUUCGACAGCGUCAUAGUCACGGCCCCGCUGGGCUGGCUUAAACGCAAUCAGGACGCAUUUAUCCCGCCAUUGCCGCCAAGGAUAUCAACCGCGAUCAGCAGUCUCGGCUUCGGAAACCUAGACAAAGUCUUUAUCAAGUUUCCUACUGCGUUUUGGGAUCCAUCAAGCCCCCAAGCCAAUGGUAGCCAUGACGCUGGCGCGGACGGCUCUCCCAUUCCGUCCUUCUUCCCCAUUGAGUCCCUCUUCUUGUGCCCCAACUACGCCGCCGAGUCAAACCCGGGCCGGCACGUAACGGGUCUUGUCCGCGGCAUGCCGCACGACUCUGAGGAGUAUUGCCAGAUACUCGAUGAUGUCUUUCGCCCCUACUACUCCCGGCUGCCCGGCUACAAUCCGGCCAAUCCCGGAUGCAAGCCGUCACAGUUCUUGUCGACGGACUGGCAGUCUGACAAGUUUGCAGGCUACGGCUCGUUUUGCAACCAACCUGUCGGCUCGGGCAACUGCGAGGACCACCAGAAGGCGCUUCGAGAGGGUAUCGGCGGCGGCCACGGCAUCUGGUUCGCCGGCGAGCACGCCUCUCCGCCCGGCGGGCUAGGGACGGUGGCUGGCGCAUACUGGAGCGGAGAGGAGGUUGCGAGAAGGGUAGCUCAUCAUCACGGUGGCUCGGCGGAAGGCUCACUCAGCUGA